CCCAAGCCGGGGCUGGCAAGGGUCCCCUCUCCUCUUUUCGUUUGGAUAUCAUAGACUUGGUUUAUACCUGCCCUGGGUAUCAACAAGGAAUCAUUAACUACUAUACCCGCUUGGUUUCCCUCUCCAUCCAUCCUCCAUAGCCCUGAGUCAGGAUAGAAGCACACCGCACUUCGCGCAACAUGAGCGCCCCCCAUAGUAACAGUGCCCCAGCGUGGGAUGAGAAACCCGAGCACAGCCGGGAGGACCCCCAAUCCUCCGACUCCACCCUUAAAUCUGAAUCGAUCGCUCCGACCGGGGAGAACGAAAAGGAGAUGGACAACGUUUUUGACAAAGACUUGGAACGGAAUGCAUCAGACUCGGACGUCAACGUCCCGGAAGAACAGCUGGAGAAAGCCGAAGAGCGACAACGGGACCCCAACCUCGUCGAGUUUGACGGGCCCAACGAUCCGGAAAACCCCCACAACUUGCCCUACUGGAGAAAAUGGGUCAUCACCAUGUCGAUGGCUUGCAUGACCAUGUGGAUCACCUUCGCAAGCAGUGUCUUCUCGACGGCCACCGUGGUGACGGCCGAGGAGUUCGGUGUCUCGAGCGAGGUCAUGAUCCUGGGAACCAGUCUGGUGGUCUUCGGAUUCGCCCUCGGUCCCCUGAUGUGGUCUCCUCUCUCGGAGCUCUAUGGGCGCCGCAUCCCUCUGUUCUCUGGUUAUCUCCUCUUCGCCAUCUUCCAGAUCCCCGUCGCCGUGGCCAAGAACGUUGAGACUAUCCUCGUCUGUCGAUUCCUGAUUGGACUGUUCGGUUGCUCUCCCCUUGCGGUCGUCGGCGGCGCAUUGGCCGAUUUCUGGGAUCCUGUUGACCGUGCCAUCGCCAUUGCACUGUUCGCAUCAGCUACCUUCGCUGGUCCCACGCUUGGACCCAUUGUCGGUGGUUUCCUUACUGAUUCCAGCCUCGGCUGGCGAUGGACUGCUUGGAUCACCUUGAUCGCCUCGGCGGCGUUUGGACUGCUGGCUUUCAUCAUCAUCCCCGAAACCUAUGCGCCUGUCAUCUUGAAGCGUAAAGCAGCCCGUCUCCGCAACGAGACCGGAAAUACCGAACUGUAUGCGCUGCUGGACAAGAGCCGCCCGACUGCGAAGGACAUCACGACCAAGUACCUUCUGCGGCCGGUUAUGAUGCUGUUUCUCGAGCCCAUCUUGCUCCUGAUCACCCUCUACCUGGCUCUGGUGUACGGAAUCCUGUAUCUGUUCUUCGAGGCCUAUCCUGUCUCCUUCGAGGACGUACGGGGUUGGACGAAUGAAGGUCUUGCUGGACUCCCCUUUGUGGGAAUCCUGGUCGGAGUGGUCUGUGGUGUGGUAUUGAUUGUCUGGCAGACCAAGACCCGGUUUGCCCGCAAGCUGGCCAAGCAUGGGCGGGUGACCCCGGAAGAACGACUGCCGCCGAUGAUGAUCGCCUCGGUCCUCCUGCCCAUCGGCCUGUUCUGGUUUGGCUGGAGCUCGCACCCGAGCACUUCCUGGGUCGCCCAGGUCUUCGCCGGCAUCCCCAUCGGCAUGGGCAUUCUGGUCAUCUUCAUGCAGGGUCUCAACUACAUCAUCGACGUGUAUUUGAUGUUCGCCAAUUCGGCCAUUGCGGCCAACACCCUCAUCCGCAGCAGCCUGGGUGGCGCGUUCCCCCUCUUUGCCACGCAGAUGUACGACAAACUGGGCGUGGACUGGGCGUCCAGCUUGCUCGGAUUCAUCACCCUGGCCAUGAUCCCCAUCCCCAUCCUCUUCUUCUUCUACGGCAAGAAGCUGCGCGCGAUGAGCAAGUUCAGUCCUAAGCUGUGAGC